AUGGAGGAGAGCGUGUGUCCAGCGCGGAUGACGUCAUCUCUCUGCGACGGAUGUUUACUGGUCGCGCGCGCGAUUCCUGCAGGCGGCGCUCAGAGCCGUGUUCAAAUCCCAUCAUGCGUCUCACUAGAGAGGGUCUCUGGAUCCGCGGUGGCCAUGGCGGAGGUCAGCGGCUGUUUGAGGAGCGGCGCACACAAACUCUCUGUUGUUAUAAGACUACGGACACAUUAUCAUCAUCAUCUGUCCGCGACGGGUGCGUUUACUAGCUCUGCCGGUUCUGACAGGCCUCACGGAGUGACCCAACCGCCGCGGGUCCGAGGCUACUGCACCGCUCCUCUGCACCGGAGCCCAACCGCCUACUACGACAUCCUGAGGGUUUCGCCGAACGCCACGCCAGCGCAGAUCAAGAGCGCCUAUUACAAACAGUCCUUCAUCCAUCACCCGGACCGGAACCGGAGCCGCAGCGAGGACGCGGCGCGGCUCUUCGCGCUCGUCGCCGAGGCCUACAGCGUGCUCGGCGACAGCGGCCUCCGGAGGAAAUACGACCGCGGGAUACUCAACCAGAGCGACGUGCAGAGCGCCGGGAGACCGUCGCGCGCGUCAAAGCCUCGACGCGCCCCUGACGCGAGCGAUCGCGCUCGCUUCGACUUCGACGCGUUCUAUCAGGCGCACUACGGCGAGCAGCUGCAGAGAGAGCAGCAGAUGAGACACAGACGCGAGCAGAUGCGCCAGCAGCAGCAGCACAAGCUCAGGACCUGGAGGCGGAUGAAGAUGAACGAGGUGACGGUCGCCUUUCUGCUGCUUUUCGGAGGCGGCCUUCUCAUCAGCCUCAGAUCUUGAAGCGAUGUUGCACUUGAGUGAAUGUCGACCAGGUUUGAUCCUCAAUGGUUCAUAGACAUGAACUCUUUUAACCAUGGAAUGGUCUCCAUUUCCUUUUUCUUUUUUUGUCAGAAUUUAGGUUUAUUUAUUUUCAGGAAUGGAUUUUAGUUAAUACAAGAAAAAAAAAUGCUUUUUGAAUAGCAGUGGAGUAUUGUAUUUACAAUGUUCAUAUUUCCUGUGAAUGUGCAAAAUUUCUGAUUCAUUAGAAUUCUUGUGUAAAUAACAAGAGAAAUAAGUAAGUGCAGCAAAGCACUGCAAAGUACAGUGUUUAUUAUGUUAUAAGACAAAUACAAGUUUGCAGCACUGAACAAUUUUGGCCAUGACUAAUUUUGUGAAUCUUAGAAAAUUUCUCUGAUCCUAUGGCAAAAUACUUGGGUAAAGUUGGUUUUAUAUUCGCAAAUUCGGACUAUUGCAUUCAAUUACUUUAAGCGCACUACAUGGACAUUCAGCAGACAUUCACCAGUAAAUAUGACAUUAAAACAAUACUUGGCCAUUUUGAUCGAUUGUGAAAAAAAAUGACAAUGCUGUCGCUGAUUAGAAUUUGAAAAAAAUAACUAUUGCACAUAUAAUUAGAAAGUUAUUGAAUGCGGAAAUGUGUGAAUGUGCGAAUAUAAAACCAGCUUUACCCAAGUUGGCAAAAUCUGUAGCUGAUUAACGAUUAUUGCAUCAGAAUUCACCUAGUAUGAGAUUAAUUUUUAAUGUUCAUUACUGGUCAGAAUUUUUGAACCGUAAGAUUUUAUAUGUUUUUAAAGAAGUCUCUUCUGCUCACCGAACCUGCAUUUAUUUGAUCCAAUAAAAUGUUGAAAUAUUUGUACUAUUUAAAAUAACUGUUUUCUAUUUGAAUAUAUUUUAAAACGUAAUUUAUUUCUGUGAUGCGCAGCUGAAUUUUCAGCGGAUCAAAUAAAUGCAGGCUCGGUGAGCAGAAGAGACUUCUUUAAAAACAUAAAAUCUUACGGUUCAAAAAUGUUUGACUGAUAGUGUAAAUAAAAGCAAUAUUUAUUCAGCAUAUUUGUUGCUGAUGUUCAUUUAAAAUACCAAUAAUUAGAACAAAAAAAGAGCUAUAAAUCAAUAUUAUAUUUAUGUGUAAUAUACUAUGUCGUGGGUCUCUGGUUUGUGUAGGAAACACUGGUGUGAACGCCUUACGUUAAUAUAAAAUAAUUUUUUUAAUCAAAUUUUGCUUUGCACACUCACUAUAUGAACUAAUCCGUGUAAUCAUAAAUCUCUCUUCCUUCUCCAGACUGCAUUUAUAACGAAAACCUUCCUUUCUUUGUGGUACUUUAUUCACAGAAAUAUAUAAAGUUUAAUGUGAAGGUCAUCACUUGGUACAAAAUCCCAGAAUGUUCAAAACUCACUCCACUGUUAGCAUAAAGGAUUCAUAUAAAAACAAAACUCAGUAGUAGACGACGUUAAAUAAAACAACAAGGGAAAGAUGCAUGGACUCUACAGCUGCAGCUACAACACAUCGGUCAUUUUCAGUGAUUAAACCGUGAUGAUGAGUGGCACACUAUAUACUCGCUCCCCAAAUAUGUGAUUCAAGAACUCACAAAUGGAAAAUAAGAUCAAAUCAGCAGGAAAAAGCGCACUGUGGCCAAACGCAUGUGGACUUCUGAUGAACAGGUUUGAAACAAACCUUAAAGCCAUGCUGUAGAAUUACAAGCCAGUCGAGUUCUUCUCACCAAACUCAGUGAAUCACAUCUGGACUCGGUUUCGCUUUGUGUUCCAGCCGACGGAAAUGACUAACAAACCCAUGAAUUAGAAGAAGGUGCCCAAAAACAUCUACCUCAAGAGAACUAGUCCACAAAAUUAAAUUUAUCCAAACUCUGAAGCAGAUUUGGGUGUAUUUAGAAGUCACUCAAGCAUCCGCAUUGUUUAAGUUAUAAUCAUGGCUGUAAACAUCUACAUGUGUUGGACAUUUACGCUGUUACACUGCAUUAACCGACAGAAAGCUGCUUGGUUUGAAAGUGAUUCCAGUGUGAGCUUUGCGUCAUGCAUCACUGCACUAGUGACAAUGCACCUUUUUUUGUGCUUGCUAAAAUAUCCUAAAUUUCACUGAUGCACACCUUUAAAUGGUGUUUAAAGACCUCGUGCGAGCUGCGCUCCAUCAGCUUUGUGUAAGUCUCGUGUUCUUCACACACUGUAAAAAGUGAUGAGUUGACUUAACUUAAAAAAAAUUGA